AUGAAAAGCACUGGUUUCGAGGGCGAGGGUAGCGCCGCCAACAACCUCAAUGGCGCCCGUCCUGUCUGGAGUCUGCGCUGCGUGCGCGGCGUCGCCACGAGAUGCCAGCGCUGCGAGAACCGUCAUUAUUCUUGCGAGGAAGUGCCCGCGCUUGUUAUGGGUAACGUGCGCGCUGCUCUCCGCUCGAUCGCUGAUGUGGUUGACCUCUCCAUGGGACUCGACGAGGAGUUGUCCCGGGCCCUGCUGCACAUCGCUGGUGAGUUCAUGCACCGUCUGGUGGUGCUCGUUCGGGGCCACAAGAGGGCCUACGGGCUGGUUACUGGCCCCAAUGGGGCGGUGAGUCGGGCCGCCUAUGGCGGUGUCGUGAUGGAGUCGCGCGCAGCUCGAGACCGCAUGCUUCUGGCGUCCAACGAUGGCGGCACUAACCCCGAGCGGUUCUAUUUGCGACUCGGGGCCGGCGAUCCCCUUCAUCAAAGUGGCUCGAGGACCGCCGCAUUUUCAUGGACCUGGUUGGUCGCAAUGCGUCCGAACAGGGUCUCUCGUUCGUCCACGUCGACCGUAGCAAGCGGCGCCUUGAUCCCGCUCCUCCCUAGCGCGCUUCUGCCGUGGUUCGCCUGUGAGCCGGCGCUGGGCCGCAGGUAUGUUGAAGGUUUUUUUUUUUUGUGGGUUCUGAGCGACACGAGUGCGAGGCAUGCUCGUUUGCCCGGUGGGAAUCAUGUGUCGACUCCUGAACGGACACGCAUUAUGGCCGGCCUUCUCACGUUGAUUUGA